CCCGGAAGAACAACAAAACAAAACAAACCGCGAUGGAAGCGUCUGUCCCCGGGACCGGGCUCCUCCGGGCGGACACAGGCUCCAGAGCAGCUCCCGGGCCGCUCUCCGGGUCUGUCCACAGACACAGGCUGCUCCGGGCGGCCGUGGUCCUGCUCCUCGCCCGCCUCUGCGGCGGAGCCUCGGUCCCGGACAUCGCGGUGCAUUUCGGGACAAAGACGCGGUACGAGGACGCGGUGAGACCGGGGCUGAACCUGUCCUCGUCCCCCGGGGCCGAGGGCUGCUCCCCGGUUCACCUCACCGCGGUCAUCCGCCACGGGACCCGCUUCCCCACCGUCAAGAACAUCCGGCGCAUCGAGCGCCUGAGCCGCCUGGUCCAGAGCCGCUCCCCCCGGGGCCCCGGAGCUCCGGCCUGGCUCCGGGACAUCCACGAACACUGGCGCCAGUGGUACACGGAGGAUAUGGACGGUCAGCUGGUGGAAAAGGGGAGGGCCGACCUGAGGAACCUGGCGACGCGAUUGGUCGACUCGUUUCCUGCUCUUCUGACAGAGGCGGGGCUUCGUACCGGUGGCAUCAGCGUCAAAACCAGCUCCAAACAUCGAUGUGUGAGCAGCGCCGAAGCCUUUCAGGACGGACUCCACCGGGCCUGGGACCGGACUGGACCAGGGACCAGACCGGGGACAGGACCGGGGACCACUGGGACCCAGGCAGCAGGCGGUGAGCAGGGGUACGUUCAUGAGGUGGACGAUGUUCUGAUGCGUUCCUUCGAGCGUUGCCGUGGUUACGUGGAGGGGGUGGAGACAAACGCCACGGCAACGGAGGAGGUGGAGCGCUUCAAACACGGACCGGAACUCAGACAAGUCCGGACCCGGAUCUCCGAGAGGCUGGGACUGGACCCGGACCUGCUCACUCCAGACCUGGUGGAGGCUGCGUUCUUCAUCUGCUCCUAUGAACUGGCCAUAAAGUCGCUCUACUCCCCCUGGUGUCGACUCUUCACAAAGGAGGACGCCAAGGUGUUAGAGUACAAAGGCGACCUGAAGCAGUUCUGGAAACGUUCUUACGGUCACUCGAUCAACGGACUCUCCACAUGUCCCCUGUUCCACCACAUCUUCAGAACACUGGACAAGGCCGGACGCCCCCGCAGAGCCACGGACACGCCCCCUGAACCUGCCUCGAUUCUGAUUGGUCAUGCUGAGACACUCCUCCCACUCAUCUCCCUCUUAGGUCUAUAUAAGGACAAGACCCCGCCCACCGCCGCCAACUACCAAUCACAACACGGUCGCGUCUUCCGCUCGUCGUUCAUCGUCCCGUACGCCGCCAACCUCCUCUUCGUGCUGUACGACUGCCCCCGCGGGCCCCGGCUCCGCCUCCUCGCCAACGAGUCGCCGGUUCGAUUCCCAGGACUGACCCAGGACCUGCCGCUGUACAGAGACGUCAGGGCCACAUAUCGCCACCUGCUGGACGGAUGUGACUUCUACAAGGAGUGUGAGGGGAGACCGAGCAGAGCGCCCAACACCGAACUAUGACCUGAACCGGGUCUGAACCGGGUCUGAACCGGGUCUGAACCAGGUCUGAACCAGGACUGCAAUAGUGACGUAAAUAAACUCAGAAUAGAAGUGUAAAUAAACUUUGUGCCAAAAGCAGAACUUCUGUAAAAGAAAAAAAAACAGGGAAUCGUUUUGUGAAAAUCAGAAUUAAAUCUGUAUUUAUGAAAAGCACAAAUACCUCGGACGUGUGUCGAGUAAAAAACGACGUCGUUCAGUUUCAGAUUUAUAUUUAUACCAGUUUAUAAAAACUCUUCUGAUUCAGGAUCAGAUUGUGGUGAUUUUUCACUGAAUCGUCUGAAGUCUUCCACUCGAGGAAAAACUCUGAACCUCGACACGUUUCACUCACAUUUAUUUUCUGAAAUUCUCUGAAACACUGAACAUUUUUAUAUUUAUAUUUAAGGUUUUUUCACAAUAUUCACUUGGUUUCCUUUUUUAAUUUUAUUUUGGUUUAUUAUUUUAUUUCACACACAGAAGUUUUACAGAGUCUGAAACGACGCUCGAUGAUUAAGGUUUUAUCUCUAAAUGUCUAAAUGUGUGUGUGUGUGUGUGUGUGUGUGUAAAUGUGUGUGUGUGUGUGUUUUACAUUUAGACAUUUAGUCAUAAAAACAUUAAAACGUUGGACGUCGCUCCUCGUUUCAGACUUUGUGGAAAGGUUCGAUUAAAUGGAACUUUCUCGUGUCGUUUAAAGCCACAGUGUGUAACUUUCUGGAGGCGCCGCAUCACAACAGGAAACACAGCGCCAUGGAAACGGGCCAAGUAAGAGUCGGGUUUGUGGAGAGGCGAGCUCGCUCACAGUACGGGCGCAGGGUUUUCUGUUUUUAGUGCAGUAAAAAUCUGACAAAAACAUGUUUGUGGAUAAAAGUUCCAUAGUGUGGCUUUAACUUUUCCGUAUCCAGUAAGAACUCUCAUUACUCACUGUGUCACACUUUUCUAAAACGGGUGUUGGUUGUUCAAAGUGGAGGACGCUUCUCAAACUGAAAAGAAGGGGUUUCCAUGGCAACAGAAGACUAAGCCCUGCCAAAGGUCAAAGGUCAGGGUCAAAUCCUCCGUAGUUUGGGACGGUUUUGUUUAGUUUUCUGAAGGAGUCGGGGAUCGUCGCUGGGACCGACGCUCGGCUCUUCUCUUUGUUCCUUUUACUUGAAUUUUUUGUUUUUGGUUGAAAUUUUGGGUAAAUUUGCUAUAAAUUUUCUUUGCUGUUUUAUUUUUCUACUUUUUGAGACGAUUUUGAGUUGAUGUUGAAGUGACGUUUGACAAAUGUGUUUGAUUUGAGCUUUAAUAAACUUCAGUGAAAGAAAA